GGUUGGCAGCCAUGAGGAGGUGCAUCCCGUGACUUCAGUAGACAUCCGCCACAGGUGAUCGCUGCUGCUACGACAACAUGUCCAAGGUUCCCACCCCCAUGGCAAUGCCCACCCUCCCGGAGGACAUAGACAGAGGUGAGCAUAAGCAUCAUGGGAAAGGAAAAAAGUCCAAACAUCUCGUCACAACCAGGAAUCUAUCUGGGGUCCAGUCAGUUGUGGGCCAACUGAUAGUCACUGCGCUGCAGGUCACUGAUGUAUACGGUGUGGCAGGGGCAACAAGUGUGUUGGUGCAGCGAGCCAAUGAGAUCCGCCAGCAGAAGGUCAAUUGGCCUUCAUACCUCCAGUCCCAAAUGAUCACCCAGGAAGAUUAUGAGGUCAUUAUCGCAGUAGAAGUGCCUGGUCAAAAUCGGCAGGUUCGUCUGAACACACAGCGUUACCAAGUGGCCCGCACCUUCAUGAACCUACUGGGUCACAUCAGUAAAGACCAGACCAUCCAGUACAUCCUCAUUCUCGUGGAUGACAUUCUCUCCGAAGAGAAGUCUCGUGUUGAAAUUUUUAAAGAGUGUGCACGUAAGAAUCGGGAGAGUAUGUGGAGUCCUUUUCUUAACCUGCUGACACGACCUGACACAUUCAUAAUCAACAUGACUGCUCGCAUCAUUGCCAAGUUGGCGUGUUGGUCCCGUGAGCCCAUGGAUGGUUCAGACCUUACCUUCUACCUGACCUGGCUUAAAGAUCAGCUCCGCACACCUAACAACGAGUACAUACAGUCAGUGGGCCGUUGUCUGCAGAUGAUGCUGCGAGUGGAGGAGUAUCGCACCAUUUUCUACCAGCUGGAUGGUGUCGUUACCAUUGUCCAGGUGCUCAGUACUGGGAAGCUCAACUUCCAGAUACAGUAUCAACUGACCUUCUGCCUCUGGGUUUUGACGUUCAACACUGCCAUUGCCGAGAAGAUGAACAAGUACAGUGUAAUUCCCACCCUGGCAGACAUCCUGAGUGAGAGCAUUAAAGAGAAAGUGACCCGCAUUGUCUUGGCAGUUUUCAGAAACCUCAUUGAGAAGCCUGAAGACCCUGUGAAUGCCCGAGAGAAUUGCAUUCAGAUGGUCCAGUGUAAGGUUCUGAAGCAGCUGGAGAUUUUAGCACAGAGGAAAUUUGAAGAUGAAGACAUUACUUCUGAUAUUGAAUACCUGAAUGAGAAGCUGCAGAAUUCUAUUCAGGAUCUCAGUUCAUUUGAAGAAUACUGCUCCGAAGUCAAGUCUGGACGCAUGGAGUGGUCUCCAGUACAUAAGAGUGAGAAAUUCUGGCGUGAGAAUGCUGGACGUCUGAACGAGAAGAACUAUGAGCUUCUGAAGAUUCUCAUUAAUCUCCUGGAGACGAGCAAGGACACAUUAGUUUUGUCGGUUGCUUGUCACGACAUCGGUGAAUACACAAGACACUAUUCCCGUGGCAAAAGAGUGCUGGAACAGCUGGGAGGGAAACAGUGGGUUAUGCAUCACCUGACGCACGCCGAUCCUAACGUGCGCUACGAGGCCCUCUUGGCGGUCCAGAAGCUCAUGGUUCAUAACUGGGAGUACUUGGGUAAGCAGCUGGAGAAGGAUGCCAAGGAGAGUACACCCCGGACCUGAGUGCCAGACACCCCGGCCCUGAGUGCCAGACUGGUGCACACAAGCAAGACAAAAGUAAACAAUAGAAAUGGUCAGUGUUAGUGUCAGAUAUAUACCGGGUAAUGCUAACAACAGCUACACUUUUCAUUUGAAUAGAAUUUAAGUUAAGAGUUAUAUUUUAUAGCUGUGAAUUGUAUAAGUGCAUAUUUUGGCAUAAACUUUGUUAGUGUGGUUAUUAUCAUAGCAUUUGUAUAUAUAUAUAUAUAUCAGACUAUAUGUAGAGGUUUUAUGUCGGUGGUCUUGCUAAUUACUCCAAAGCAAAUGGACACGAGCAAUAGUAUUAGUGCUGUUCUAUAACUUAAUAUUUGAAUGUCUUGUGAAUAUCGAGUCUGUGCAGGUGUUGUACAUCAGAAUUAACCCCUAAAUGGCGCAGCUAUUUACAAGUGCUACAUUGACGUACACACGUCUAAAAAAAUUUUAUGAAUCAAAUGGGAUAAAAUUACAUUUGGUGAUCGUAGCAGUGUGUAGGGUUAAGGCUCGGACUCUCCUGGUACUUAACGCAGGUAAUUAAUGUUGUAAAACAUUCCGUAUCUUGAGGUAAUGUUUGGAGCGGUGCAUGGAAUGAAACUCGGCACACAGGUUUAACUCCAGGCAUUGCUCCAAAGAUUUUCUCAUAGAUAUGUCACACUUGUGAUUUCAUCAUGCAUUCCUUAUCUUGUAAGCAUAUUAUCCAGGGGAAAGAUUAAUUAUUGUAUUAAUACAGGGAGGGCAGUAGAAGUGAGCCAUUAUUCUGUUGUUUCCUAGUCCUUUGCUGUGUAUAAGAGUAAUCUUUAGACUACAAUGCACAAUUUUUUUUAAGGGUGUUGUAUUGAAAUGUAUAUAAUGAAGUUGUUUCUCAGUUGUCA